UCAACUAAAGUGAACUGAGUUAGACUGUCAACAAAAUAAAAAUUAAGUCGAGGGUAUGUUUGUACGUUUUUCGUGUAAAAUAAUUGUUUUUAUCUCAUCAAAAAUCAAAUAAAAUAGUUCGUCGGAGUUUAUUCUAAGCCGUGCAUAUAAAAAAAGUUUAAUUCACAUCAGAAAAACAGUGCAAAACUCAAGUUUCAGUCAAUUUUCAAGCCAUUGAAUAUUUCAUUAUCUUCUGUGCAACAUUGAAAAUUUUCGGGUGUCUGCUGCUACUCUGCUAUUAAUCGUUUUGCUCUUAAACUCGUAGUUUUCCUUUCGGUUUUUCCGAAGAGAAUGAAAAUUCUUCGUCUGGUCGUGAAUUGAGAAGCAUUUCUAGUGAAGUUGUUGUUGUGGACUUGUGUUCUUAUUGGGGUGUGUUUGCUCUUGUUUAUCGAAUUUUGCAGUUUCGUCUUUCGUGCCACUAUAAGGAUUUUCCUGUUUCCAAUUUGUCUAGUGUCUAGUGUAAUUUAGCUUCGAACAACUUUGCAAUUGAUCAAAAGGACUUUAACAGGAAAUGACUACCAUUCACAAAGAUUCAGUUUACUUUGGAAAAAAAAUAUAACGUUAACUAAAACAGCAUACAAGAACGUUCUUCACAAAAUUUUUGUUUGGCGCUUUCUAUGUAAACAAGGAAAACUUUUUGUCAAAAGAAUACCAUUUCAAAUAAAGAAAGAAAAUCGAAGGAUAUCGUUGUAUUGAGCAGAGUGCAACGGCCAUUUCAACACCAUCAGGAACUACAACUACAUUUACUAUAAGCGCAUUGCAACAGUUGGCGUAAAGCCAAUAGUAAAAUUCCAUGUUACUAGCUCUCCUUCUCCGGGUCCGGAACAUGAUUAGAAAAACAAACAAAUAGCAAAAAGGACACACACAAUCCUGCUGCUUUGUACUGCAAGAGUUUUUGAAUGGAUAACUUAAUCCGCGACUGUUUGUAAACAUAUAUGUGUUAAUAGAUAUAGCUGGAUGUGUUGUGUUUAUUUUCGUUUUAACCAAAGGGGGAUACCUAUGUAUGUAAAAAUGUAUACCAAACUAAUGCUGUAAGGAUUUGUGAGGAACAUUAUUUGUGACUCGAUAUUUUAACAUUGUUUUAAAAGUUUUAACUGGGUAGUGUAAAGACUGUACACAUCCUUGCGUGGGUGUCAAAUCUUGUGAUUUAUCACAUGUUUCAAGUGUGAAAGUUUUAGUCUGUACUUAAAAAAACGUUUUGUGUGGAUUGAAAUAAAGAGCGAAAGAGAGUUCAUAUAGUUAAGGUCAAAGUGUUUGGCGAAGGUGUUUCAUCUAUCCUCGGAUUGAGUGUUUUGAUUUUGUGAUUUUCAACGACGACGUUGGAUUCGAAAGGAUAUUUACCUGCAGUGUAACUAAUUCGUUGUUAACAUGGCUGAGGAUGAAGUACUGUUUGAUGAUGUUUACGAACUUUGUGAAAUAAUUGGAAAGGGACCAUUUUCCAUUGUAAGAAGAUGCAUUCAUCGGGAAUCUGGACAACAGUUCGCGGUGAAAAUAGUAGACGUAGCAAAGUUUACUGCAAGCCCCGGAUUGAGUACAGCGGAUUUAAAACGAGAAGCCACCAUCUGCCACAUGCUGAAACACCCACACAUUGUUGAACUCCUGGAGACCUACAGCUCUGAAGGGAUGCUUUACAUGGUCUUUGAGUUUAUGGAAGGAUCAGAUUUGUGUUUCGAAGUUGUCCGUAGAGCAGUGGCAGGAUUUGUGUAUAGCGAAGCGGUAGCUUGUCAUUAUAUGCGUCAAAUACUUGAGGCACUUCGAUAUUGCCACGAAAACGAUAUAUUGCAUCGUGAUGUAAGGCCAGCUUGUGCGCUUUUAGCUACCGCAGACAACUCUGCUCCAGUAAAAUUAGGUGGAUUUGGUUCAGCUAUACAGCUUCCUGGAGGCAGAGAUACUAUAGAAACCCAUGAGUUAGAUAUGGAUGUCAAAUGUUUGAUAAUGACACCACGAGGAAAGCUUUAUUUAAAAACUGACGAGGAGGGUCGUGUCGGUUGCCCACAUUACAUGUCGCCAGAAGUUGUAUCAAGGCGAAUUUAUGGCAAAGGAUGUGAUGUUUGGGGUGCUGGUGUUAUGCUGCAUGUGUUGCUGUCAGGACGACUGCCAUUCCUGGGAUCGGGAAAGCGAUUGCAGGAUUCUAUUGCACGUGGGAUGAUUUCGUUUGAUGCACCCGAAUGGAAAUCGAUUUCUUCAACAGCCAAGGAUUUGGUUAUGAAAAUGCUUGCCGCAAACUCACAUCAUAGACCAUCGAUAACAGAAGUCCUUGAUCAUCCAUGGAUGCGAGAUCGAGAUAAGUUACAGAGACAGCAUUUGGCUGAUACUGUCGAGGAGCUAAAACGGUAUAAUGCCCGAAGAAAAUUGAAAGGAGCUGUACAAGCUAUUGCUGGUGGUAUUGCAAUGGAUCCUCUGUUUGGAACCGACACCGAUUCAAUGCCUAUUGGAACAGCAUCCGAAACUUUAAACGAAUGGGCUGAUGAAGAGGCUGGCCUCGAAGCUGUUCAACGAGUAAUAGAUUCUUUAGAUGAUAUAUAUGCUCUACAAGAUACAUUUGUGGAUCCAGAGGUAUUGAGAGAAAUGCUGCGAGACAACAAACUCCAUCAACUUCUUCAGCUUUACGAUCGAAUAAGUUGCAACGUUAUGUCGCCAUCGAGAGCACCACCUGGAGAUGCGGUUUCACGAAGCCGUGAUGCUAUUGAUGCGAUUUCAUCCUCAACUAGCCACAAAUUCGCGCGGGAAAAAGCGGAGCUGAUGCAGCUGCUCGUAUCACCACAUUUACAGGUAAACCAAUCAACAGAUCAGCAUAACUUUCAACAGCAUGUAUGUGAAGAUGCUUACCCAGCGUAUCAUAUGCAAGCUCUUUUGCACACGCAUGACGUUGUCGCAAGAGAGGUAUACGGUGAGGAGGCUUUACGGGUAACACCCCCGCCACUAGCGCCCUAUAUCAAUGGUGAUGACAUCGAUAAUGUUGACAGUGGCGAACUGCAGCAUGUGACUAGAGUACGUUUGGUGCAGUUCCAGAAGAACACCGAUGAGCCAAUGGGUAUAACUUUGAAAAUGACCGAAGAUGGACGCUGUAUUGUAGCUAGGAUAAUGCAUGGCGGUAUGAUACAUCGCCAGGCAACUUUACAUGUGGGCGAUGAAAUUCGGGAAAUUAAUGGCCAACCAGUGCAACAUCAAUCCGUUGGUCAAUUACAACGAAUGCUGCGCGAAGCUCGUGGUUCUGUUACCUUUAAAAUAGUUCCUUCGUACCGGAGUGCUCCGCCACCUUGUGAGCUGUUCAGGAUUAGGCCUGCUCCAGUUCUAGUCGAACAGAUUUUUGUACGAGCACAAUUCGACUAUAAUCCUUUGGAUGAUGAGCUUAUUCCCUGUGCUCAAGCUGGAAUUGCUUUCCAGACUGGUGAUAUUUUACAAAUAAUUAGCAAGGAUGACCAACAUUGGUGGCAAGCUAGACUGGAUACGGCUGGUGGUUCAGCUGGGUUAAUUCCUUCGCCAGAACUACAGGAAUGGAGAAUUGCUUGUCAAACGGUGGAUAAAAGCAAACAGGAGCAAGGCGAAGCUGGACCUGGAUGUUCGGCUCAUGCCGACGGAUGUGAUGGAUCGACAGUUAAUUGCUCGAUUUUCGGACGAAAAAAAAAGCAAUGCCGGGACAAGUACUUGGCCAAACAUAACGCUGUGUUCGAUAAUUUGGAUUUAGUGACAUAUGAGGAGGUUGUUAAAGUGCCAGUUGCUGAUCCCAGCUUUCAUCGGAAAACUUUAGUAUUAUUAGGCGCACAUGGUGUUGGUCGUCGUCAUAUCAAAAACACUCUUAUAGCUAAGUAUCCAGAUAAAUAUGCUUAUCCAAUACCACAUACAACGAGACCUCCAAGGCCGGAUGAGGAAAAUGGUCGCAGCUACUAUUUUGUGUCACAUGACGAAAUGAUGGCCGACAUUGCAGCAAACGAGUAUCUCGAAUAUGGCACUCACGAGGACGCAAUGUACGGCACGAAAUUAGAUACAAUUCGACGCAUUCACACUGAUGGCAAAAUGGCAAUAUUGGACGUGGAACCACAAGCGCUUAAAAUCCUUCGAACUGCUGAGUUCACUCCGUAUGUUGUGUUUAUAGCUGCUCCAUCAUUGCAAAACAUAGCCGAUUAUGAUGGGAGCCUGGAACGUCUGGCCAAAGAGUCAGAUAUGCUCCGUCAGGCGUAUGGUCAUUUCUUUGACUUCACAAUAGUCAACAAUGACAUUGGCGAGACAAUAGCAGCGCUGGAGAAUGCAAUCGAUCGAGUUCACACCACAGCACAAUGGGUACCCGUGUCUUGGCUAUACUGACAAGACAGUGAGCUAGAAUGUCCGGACUGUUUGGAAGGAUGCGAUUGUGAAUGUGAAUUGGUUGACUCUCAAUAUAAUCUUAACUAAAUAGAGCCAAAAAAGCUUUUUGAAACAACAACAACACAAAUAUUUAAUUAAUUGUUUUCUGUUAAUUUUAGUUUUUUUUGUAUGUAUAACUUUUUUUUUAUUAUUUAUAACCUGAAAUUAAUUUCCAUUCCACUUAAUCUAGGUUUAAUUUUUAUCAAGUUAAAAAAUAACAUUUUAAACAAAAAGAAAAUAUUUGGAUUUAAUAUAAUUCACUGAACCCUAAGUAAUCUAAAACAAAAACAAAAAAACUUACAAGCUAUUUUUCCACAACACUCAAAAGUAUAAAGCAAUGGACAAUGAAAAAUCAUUUCCGAAGAACAAUCGCACUUUUAUUCUUCAAAAAAACAAAAACCAAAAAACGACGCAAUAACUAAAACAUAAAAGAAACUUAAGAAAAUUAGAAUUUAAUCAUAAAUAGAGUGAGCACACAUAUUACCUAAAAAAUAAGUAAAAACCCACAAAAUCACACUAUAUAGAGACUUUGGAGUAGAUUUUGGAAAACAAAAAUAAUAAAUUACAAAAUAAUAUUAAAACAACAUUUACUCAGGACGAAUUUACAAAAAUUCGCAUUGAACUUAUCAAGGUAUAAGAAAAACAAAACAACCAAAACAUUCGACUCAUGCAGUGCUGUAAAGGAUGCAUUUUUUUGAAAAGUUCUUUUCUUAGUAUACACAAAUUUAAUUGUUUGGAAUAGUGUGAAUCACCAAGACACCAAACAUCAAAAAAGUGAAUUUAAAAAUUAACUUAUUUUACUACCUACUAGAAUUAUAGCAUUUUAGAUUUAUUUGAAUUUUAAAUUCAUUAGAAGUUUAAUAACCUCAAGAGAGUACAAAACUUUAAACCAAAUUUGAGGUUUCAUACUCCCACAAAUAUUAACCUGGUGAAAAAUUGCACAGCAAUCACAUCUAGCUUUCCAUUUAAUUCAUAACAAUUUAUUGAGCUUGUUACUUUUCUUGACAUGCAAUUGUUCAAAAACAUCAACAAUAAAUCAAUUAAAUAAAAAAUGCAUUCUUAUACAGCCUUGGUACUCAUAAAGACUUUCAAAAAAUUUCAUCAUUCCAGUUUUAGAAACAAUUACAAUUAUUUAUGUUUUUUUGUUUUUACUAUUUGUUAAUUUAAAUUUUUAUUAAUUUUCCAAUUAACACAAUUAAGUAGCGAAUCAAGCCUUUCAAACAUUCCAUUAACUAAACAAGAAGGGUAAAAAUUAGGAUGUGAAGCGAUAAAGAGUAAAUUAACAAAUAAACUCAAAAACAUUUACCAAUAAGAGAAUUUAAUCUUUAGCGCAAAAGAACAGACAAAAAUUGACAUUCUACAAGAAUUAAAACAAAUUAAAAUUAAAUACCAAAAUAAUAACUAUAAUUAACAUUCCCGAGCACAAAUUAAACCAAAAAUAAUUAAAAAAAAAUAAGACCCUUAACCUGUAUGACGGGGUUGCGUAUGUAAUUUCUUUUGUUUGAGCGAAGGGUGUGCGUGAAUAUAAUUAGUUUAUGAUGAAUGAAAAACUCAAACCAAUGUUAACAUUAAAUUUAAAAAUAAUUAAAUAUUUAAGAUAAUACAUUUUUAAAAUAAAUUAAAACCAAAAAAAUUGAAUUUAAAAAAAAUGAAAAACAUAAUAAAUAAAUUUAUUCAAUAAAAAAAAACUUUAAUAGUGAAUUAAAAAAAAAUAGGUGAAUUAAACGAAUUAAAAACAAAUUAAAUCAGUUUUGAAAGUAAAAUUAAAACCAAAAAAUAAUAUAUUCUAUUUCCAUCAUGGCAAACGUGUUAUGAAUUGUACCAAAUCUUCCCAUUGCAUUAAAGUUAAAAAAAAUAUCACAUGUGGCGUUUCUUUACAAUUAAAACAAAAUUGUUUGCUUGUUUUUUAUUUAAAACUUUAUUUAUAAAUAACUAUAUUCAGUUUUUAUUAAAAUUAUGCAACAUUCAAAUUAUGUGAUUCUUUUUCUUGCAAGAGUUAAAGCUCAAAAAAAUGUUUUUGUUGGUAUGAAACGCAAUUUAAAAUAUUCGGAUGUUUAUAAGAAUGUUACUUUAGAGAAAAAUGUUAAUGUCUAUGCCUAGUAUGAAUUUAAAUUUGGUAACAAACAUUUACUAAAUAUUUAAUUUUUUUCCCACAUUAAUUUCUUUGAAAUUUCAAAUUUCUUUGAAAUUUCAAACAGUUAAAAAACACUUGCCCACAGAAAUCGCUUUGACUAAAAUUUUGUAGUUUAAGUCACACGUUCAUUUUCCUCAAAAAGUUGUGUUGAUUUUAAAGAACGAAUAGAAAACAGUAGGCUCAUCUAAGUGUAAACAAUUUAUAUAAUUCAAGAGUAGCAACUCUGAAUGAAAUAAAACAUUGAGCUUUGCUAAUUAAUUUUAUUGUGAUACCACAAAUAUAUUUUGUAAUCUCUGCAAGGUAAAGGAACACACUAAUUCGAUCAAGUUAUAGUCAAUUUUUCGUUUUAAAUUAACUGAUAGUUUGUUUUCCAUAUUAGAUUUGAUUCUAGUAAGUAUGGAUUUUACUCAAAUUGUAUGAAUGUAUUUAUCAGAUACAAAACAACUUUAAGGAAAGUCAAAAGACAUGUGAUUUUAACAAGAGGCAUUAAACCAACACCAACAAAAAUGUACCAAUACUUCCUUACUGGCAACAAAUUUCAGAACGACCUACCAAAAAAUAAUAAAAUUAAAUUCAAAAGACAAGAGGAUUGUACUUUUCAAUUAUUGAGCUUAACAUCUAUUUAAUAAACAAAAAAACCUAUUUAAAAAUAAACAUUUCAAAAUGAAAUUAAAUUAAAGUUUAAAUGAAACAAAUUAACAAAAGCAAAAUGAAAUAAAUACACAUCUAUGGUUUCAAGAAAUUAUAAACAAACUAUAAAACUAUUAUAUAGGAAAAAACUAAAAAAAAAACAAACGUUUACAUUUCGUAUUUAUUUCAAUUUAAUUGUACAAACAAAAUUAUUUUUGAACUUUGUUUUAUUUUUUAAUUCAUAAAAGGCACAAAUCUAUCGAGUAUUUUACAUAUAUAAAAUAGUUUUAACUUAUACCACUAAAAUUAAAAUAAAACAUUCCAUUUCUUCAUUAACGCCAAUUCGAUCAUCAAGCAAAAACUUUGCUUUUAACAAAGAAAAAAGAAAAAGACUCAAAUUCAAUGACUCUCUAAUCAUUCCCUCUUAGGAAAAAUGUUGCCAAAUUUUCGGUUUGAGAAAACUCUUGUUUUGAAUAAACCUCUGCCAUUUCAUUUAAGUACCAUCGUCAUUGUUAAAUAUAUUAAAAUCACAAUAUAACAAAAUUAAACAAAAUUAAGACAAGUUGAUAGAAAAUCUCCCACACUUUCUCUAUGAAUAAUAAUGUAAUGGUAAUGAUUUAUAAAUGUUCAUUACUUUAACUAACAGAGCAAUAUACACCGUUAAAUUAAACAAUGGAGUGUAUAGUAUUUAUUUUCAAUUUUUCGUUUGUAAUAUAUCAAUUGAACUUAAAAAUAAUGAAAAUAAUUUUACUAAAUACAAAUCAUAAAACAUAAAAUAUUUUUAUAAAUUGUCUUUCAAUAACAAAAUAUAUAUUGCACACAUGAGCUUAUUUACGAUUUAAGAAAUGUGAAAUAUGUACAUUUAUUUUUUCUAGUUUUAAAUUUUUGUUUUCUUUUAAAUUAUUAUUUUGUUUAUUUAAUUGAAUUCAUGUGUUUUAGUAUACUAUUGUCUUCAUAAUGAUUCCCUUUACUUUUAAAGGUGAUGACACAAUGUUUAAUAAAAAAAAGGAAGUUAAAAAUCCAUAAAAUAUAUAAGUAAUAUAUAUUUGAAACAAUAGACCGUUAAAGAAUUUCAGAAAUAUAUUAAAUAAUCAACACAGGUGCAAGAAUUAAAAAACAACAAAUAAAAAACAUAACAGCGUUACACAAAACAAAAAGAUAAAAAGAAACUUAUAUCGCAAGAAAACGUUUAAAUGAAGUUUUCAAUUAUAAAGAAAAACAAAAAUAAAUCAACAAAAACAAUAGUUUAGAAAACACGAAAGUUUAAACAAAUAUAUUUCGAUUUAUAAUAAUCAGUAUUUAAACAUGGGAAAUCAAUGAUGCUAAUUGAAAACAUAACAAAAUGGAAAAAUAUAUAAACAGUAUAUAUUUAGAUUGAUGAGGAAAUGAAAUAAAAAUUUAAAAAAGUUAA